CUUGCUAACAUCAAUCCAUCAAUUUAUUGAUGUGUUUAGCUAAGUUUUCUGUUGUUGUUACGUUUUAAACAGUUUUAACCUGUAAAAUGGAGAAUAAAAAAUCAUUUGGACUUGUUAUUUCGAAAAAAGCCCAAACUCUUCGCCCCAAAAGUGGAGGAAUUUUCGGCUCUGAUAGUGAUGAUGACGUUACAACUUCAAAGAAAAGGUCUUCAAAGAUACCACAAUCGAAACCUAUUUCAUCCAAAAAAAUUAUUUCAAAGGAAGCAAUAGAUCCGAGUAUCUAUGAAUACGAUAGUAUUUACGAUGAUAUGAAAGCUGAAAAAGCAGCCGAAGUUGCACCUAAGGUACAAAAGUCCUCCCGCUAUAUUGAUCAUUUGUUAAAAGCUGCAGAUAAAAGAAAGAAAGAAUACGAACGACGUGUCGAGAAGAAGGUACAAGUAGAAAGAGAAAAAGAAGGCGACCAAUUUAAAGAUAAAGAAAUGUUUNGUGAUUUUUUUCCCAUGAAGACUACUUUGAUAUGUGCGCCUCUUUCCACUGCAUUGAUUUCGUUCCGGACUGAAUGUUCAGUUAAAGGGUGCCAGGAUAUUCAAAGCGGAUGCAAGGAGAAUGGCACUUAA